AUGAACACCUCCCCAGCCAAUCAGGCGCAGAACUCUACAACGUACAAAAAGGUUAAGGGGGCCCCCGACUACGAUGACGCAGCUUACUGGGAUACGAAGUUCAUAACCGGCCAGGAUGUUGGCGAGUGGCUGAAUGAGGGUGAUUUGCUCAUUGAUCGUGCCAUUGCUGAUCUUGAGAAACAAUAUUCACCGACCAUUGAUAACCAGGGUGUGACAAAAGAUGAUGGAAUUUCCACACCACGCACAUUGCAUUUGGGACCUGGUAUUUCGGCCGUUGGGAGCAAACUUUGUGAGGCUUUCGAGAGGAGGGGUUGGAAGGGAUGUGAUAUUGUUAAUGUGGACUUUUCCUCUGAAGCAGUACGGCUAGGCCGCGAGCGUGAAACAGAAAAGUCCAACCCAGACAGCAUCAUGCACUGGAUCCAAGCAGAUCUGUGCUCCUGGAAAGACGUAUCUCAACGACUUCUCCCACUCGCCCCGUUCGAUGUGCUACUUGACAAAAGUACAAGCGAUGCUAUUGCAACCUCAGUCCCACGGAUAUUCCAUCGUUCGUCCAUAGCAGCCGAAGCAAACGAUGUUAUUUGCCCAGCUCUCCGCAGCCUGUUGCAGGAUGAGACGACUUUCAAAGGACGGGUUGAUAGUCUCACUCUUCUACCUGUCGAAUUGCUGGCGCUUCAUCUUGUCCCGUUGACUAGAAAAGGUGCGAUUUGGCUGGUCCUGUCCUACUCUAGUACACGAUGUGAUGGUUUGCCAUAUUUGAAUAUGUAUUGGGAGGUCGUCUCGCGCACUCCACUAAAAGCGCCUUCUGGUCAGGCAUCGUCAGCAGCUGCUAUGGUGCCUGACGUGUUUCAUUGGUUAUAUACUCUACGACGAAAAUGA